AUGGCGCUUUCUGCGCGUCUCCUCACCCUCCGGCGGUCGCCUGUGCUUUUACAGCUUCCUCCCUACCUUUCAGCUCUGCUCAUACUAGUGGGAGUAGCAUGGCUGCUGAUUCUCCCUUUGAACGAAUACUCUCGUCAGACUUACAUUUCCGAAAAUGCGAUCCUCCCAGGCCAGGUCCAUACAUACUUCACCGGGAGCGAGCACAAUGUCUUCCGAGCAUAUCGACAGGAAGUGUACAACUUGGCGCAACAGCCCGGGGACAACGUCAGGGUCGAUGGACUGGAGAAGAUGAUACGUGAGAUGGGUCUUAAGUCGGCUUUGCAACCGUACAGCUAUAAUGUCGCCGGCGAGACGAUAUCAGGGACAAACGUGUAUGGCGUUCUUCAAGGUCCACGGGCGGACGCUACAGAAGCAAUGGUUCUCAUGGCGGCAUGGCGGAACUUCGAUGGGGAACUCAACUACUCCGGAGUUGCACUCGCAUUGGCUCUUGCAAGAUAUUUCAAACGUUGGAGUAUCUGGAGCAAAGACAUCAUCCUCCUCAUUCCCGAGGACAGCACGUAUGGGCCGGAAGCAUGGGUGUCUGCGUACCAUAGUACAUCUACUGAACCGACACUCGCGAGGAACAUUAGUGCUCUGCCCAUUAAAUCCGGUGCGCUACAAGGAGCUAUAGCUCUGGACUAUCCCGUAGGACCAUGGGGAAAGCGCUUCGGCAAACUAGACGUUCUUUAUGAUGGAAUCAACGGCGCACUGCCAAACUUGGAUCUACUCAACACUGCAGUCUCUGUUGCGAACGGUCAGAUGGGAAUGGGAUGCAGCCUUCAUGGAAUCACGGACCAUUCCGACACAUACUCGGAUCGAUUGAAGUGUCUAGCAAAGGGCGUCAUGACGCAGGCCGCGGGCCACGCUACGGGUCCACAUUCUGCUUUCAUGCCAUAUCACGUCGAUGCUAUCACUUUAAAGACCGUUGGUGACGGGUGGCAUGACGAAAUGAGUCUCGGACKAGUCACUGAGAGCGUAUUCCGGUCUAUCAACAACUUGCUGGAGAAGUUGCAUCAAAGCUUCUUCUUUUACAUACUGCUCAACACGAACCGUUUCGCCAGUAUCGGGAGCUAUCUUCCAGCUGCUAUGCUGAUUGCAGGAAGCUUCACAAUCAAUGCGUUGGCUUUGUGGAUACUGAGUGGCAGAGGUCCUGUCGAGCCCCCUACAAAGCCAGCAACGGACGAGAAAUCCAAAGGAAAGGAUAUGGUGGCCGUUAAAGAAGGUAAAGAUGUGGCUUUUGUACGCAAGGCGAAGCUACAAAGUGUAGAGCGAAAGAUGUUCGUGCCUGCAAUCACAGUCUUUGGGGUGCAUCUUUUCAGCAUCAUCCCACUAUAUUUGCUGACGCACACAAAUAAGGCCAGCGUCACUUUCGCAUUCUGCUGCAUCGCAGCAACAAGCUACAUCCUGCCAAUAUACCUCAGCGCAGUCCUGGUCAGAGUUUCCAAAGCCAGCUCGCAGCAGUUACAAGUCAUGCAGUCAUUCUCACUGCUCUUCAUUGGUGCUACGCUAUCAACGUGGGCCACGAUCAACUUCUCGCUGGCACUCCUCAUCGGGUUUGUGGCUUCUCCACUCUGCUUCGCUCGGCCGGUGCCAUUGAGGAAUGUGAUAGCGCCAAAGUCGGAACAGGAGAAGAAGUCCGCGGUGGUGAAUCUUGCCAUACGCCUGCCCGCUGCUCUAGUCUGGCUGUUUGCCUCGCCACCCUCAGCGCUUUAUGCGAUCAGUUGGUACUCGGGCAAGGACCUCUCGUGGCUCUUGGUCGAGAUUGCAAAGGGCUGGCUGGCCCAGGGGGUUUGGAGCAAUCUGGUUGUUUGGUCGAUUUGGUGGCCAGCGUGGGUUCUGGGAGGUGUGGUAUUGUUCAGUGGAAUAGUGCAGCCUGGGCCUUGA